CUACUACACUAGCUAAAGAUAUUCUUGGAAUAGUAAUAAUAAGUAUUCAAAUUCAUAACCUUAUGACUAUUUCAGAAGAUAAAGAGGAGAAUCUUGAAAUAGAAAAUAAAUUUGAACAACUUGCUAACCUACAAAGAGUCGAUGGUCUACAAGAGGCUGAAAGUAUUUUUAUAUUUGUAGCAGUAGCAAAAGAAGAAGACGAUUUCUCUGAGGGAUGUUUACAAUUAGCUUUGAUGCUUGAUUUUACUCAACCAUCUUAG